AUGAUGAAGAAGCUGAUGGACUCCAUCAACUCGUUUAGCUUCAGCUAUUCCAAUGGCGAGCCGCAGACCCCAACAAGAACCCCGACCUCCGCAGCCUUCGCCGAUGCCGCUUUUCGAACCCCCAAAUUCGAGUCGAGCUUCUACGAUCCUCGCGUGACAUGGGAUACUGCAGAUCCGUAUGCCUCCAGUCCGGAGCUGCUCAAGACGCCCCAGAGGUUUAUCUUCGGCGGUACCCCGUCCAAUGCCAUGCAACAACAGCCUCUAGACGCCUCAUUCGGACAGCACCUAUCGCCCAAUGCUGCAGUCAAGGGACCCGGGGACACAGACACUGCCAAGCGAAGACAGAUCUCGAAGCCCACGGAUGCUGAGGACGAGGGUCCAGGGUCCGUCAAUUCCGUCCGCUCAGCCGCUACUAUACAGACUCCUCCGCCCACCAGGACGUCCCGAAGGAAGGCUCUCGAUGCUGGAAAUGAGGGAGGCCAAGGGCACAUGGGCAGCGCCAGAAGGCUGCCUGAGCCUCAGUUGGAAACUCCCAGCAGGAUAAUUGCAUCUUCGCCGCAACACCUAUUUGCCAAUUUUCAAACCUCCCCCGAUUUCUUCCACUUCUCGAAUAUCAAUUCUUCCGCAUCACCGUUCUUCCCGCAACAAAAGCUCUUUGUCGACCAGGAUGUCCCGGCAGAUCCGUUCGCUGACACGCCCAAUGCUUUCGCAACAUCUACUGCUGGGGCCGUAUCGCACGCACAUGCGCUUGAUGUUCCUCCGCUUCCCGCCAUACAAGGCUCUUUGGAUCUGCCUGAUUUCAGUAUCAGUACGGAUGUCAGCUUUGGCAUUGGACCAACCGCACCAGCCGAUGCUGCUUUAUUUCCCACUCCCUUUUCGACAUCACCUCGUGUGUCUUUCACCAAGACCGAAGAUCCCAGCCUUUUCUUGAGUUCGCCCGCUCGACGAUUCGGCCCUCCACAGCCCUUUUCAGAACCAAAAAGCGCUCCUCGCCCUAGAAUGAGGCAACCGUACUACCACCAGACGGAGGAAGCUAAAAGAGAGCAACAACGCCACACAAGUAGAACAAGCAACCAGUCCCUAUCUGGCUCAUUAUCAGACGAUAACGAUAACGAUGAUGAUGGUGAUGACGACGAGGACUUUACUCCGCGUGCUGUAUCCAUUUUCAGACCAGGAUUGGCCAGAAGCAAAACAACUACUGCCAUGUCAUCUCUAAUUCCCCAUUCCCGGUCGCAAAGUCAACAACCCUUUGCCAACAGCCUGUCUUCGACAAGUGGUAUCAAAAAGACGCCGUCCAAGGGCCGUGUAUCUCCGGUCAAGAGCUUGCGAUUGCCAAGAACAAACUCGUCUUGUCUUCCCUCACGCUCUCAAUCGUUGAUCUUGAAGAUUGACAAAGAUGGCCGGGCAAAGACGGAGUUUCAACCUGAGAGAGGUUUCACCGGACUCACAGACCCCAUUUCUGAAAUGGAUAUAGCUAGAUCUAUUACUGGAAGUGAAGCUGACUCUACCGAAUAUUCUAACUGCCUCGCUGUACAGAAUAAUCUCUUUGGAUUUUCAGCAAUGAGUCUAACAAGGCCGAAUUCAAGCCGGGCAGAAUCUCAGUCACGGCCAAAUUCGAAGAGUUCCUUUGCAUCCACGGUAGCCUCAUCGGCUUCGGGACGUCGAUCACCGUGGGCGGAAUCAAAACCAAGACGACCACAAUCAGCUAUGAUACCAUCAGAGUGGCUAAGCACGCCUCGAAAGCUCUCCGCCUUAUGCAACGCCAACUUCACAGGCCAGUCGUCAUCUACGGAUAGUACGCUACCCGACCCAGAAGAGGAUUCAGGGGAUGCGCAACAUGCCCUAAGACAACUUCUCGCAGGACGGGCAAGGAAUACUAGUACUAUUAAUAAUAGAAGAAUGCGAAUACCUAUUUCGCAGUCCAUGCAUCAUCUGCAAUCAUCGCCUCCCGGUCUCAACGGAGCGUUUGGGCUGCGAUCUAGUGAAGCUACAUCGCCGACAACACUGACCGAUCCUGAUCUUGCUACACCGAGCACAGGUCGACGCAGCAACCCAAGCAACGGUACGAGAUGCAUUUGCAAAUCAAUGGACAAUGGCGGCCAUCUCAUGAUUCAAUGUGAAUCGUGUAACCACUGGCUACAUACAAAAUGCGUUGGCCUCGACCGAGCUAACCUGCCACCGGUGUAUAUAUGUAUAUACUGUUCUUCAACACCGAUGCGAGGCGGUCGUUUACGAGAUCCAUUAGCUGGGGUUCCUCAAGCAGGAUCGUCACCUCUCGCGCGUAAAUCGUUUCGAUACCGAUAA